AGCUUUUUUUCGAAAAGGAAGACAAAGCAUCCCUCGCCAUAUAGUUCUUGCUAGUUCACUUGACUGUGUUGAUCAAGAGUGUAGGAUGGACUGGAAACCUACGGUGAUGAUGAUGGCGGUGGUGAUCAUGUAUGCGGUGUUGAAUGUGCUGACGAAGAUGGCUUUCAAUGAAGGGAUGCACACCACUGUCUUCAUCGUCCUCCGCCUGCUCGUCGCCGCGCUCUUCCUCUCCCCGAUCGCAUACUUCAAAGAGAGGAAGAGUAGACCUAAGCUGACCAUGGAGAUAUUCGUGUACCUCUUCUUCAGUGCCUUGCUCGGAGCCUCUCUGAUCCAGUGGCUCUUCUUCCUCGGCCUGCGGUACACGACGGCCACGUUCGCGAGCGCGUUCAACAACACGACCCCCAUGUUUACCUUCCUCCUCGCACUCGCCUUCAAGGUCGAGAAGAUCGAUGUCGCCAGCCGAUCCGGCGUCGCCAAGCUCACCGGCACGGCCGUGGGGCUGGCCGGAGCGACGGUGCUGGCAUUCUACCAAGGGCCGACACUGAUGGGGGUGGCGUCGGGGGACCACCUGGCCGCCGGUUCCACCCAUAGAGACGGCGGUGCGCGGAGGUGGGCGGUGGGCUCGGUGGCGCUGCUGGGCUUCUCGGCGAGCUGGUCGUUGUGGUUCAUCCUGCAGUCCAAGAUCGGGACAAAGUACCCGGCGCUCUACUCCGGUACAGCGUGGAUGUUCGUGCUCAGCUUCAUCCAGAUGGCCACCGUCGGGGCUGCCACCGAGAAGAUGAGCUUGCAGAUCUGGGUCCCACGCACGGCGCUCCAGGCCGUGACCGUGGUAUUUGCUGGCGUGGGGUCGUCCGGGCUGGGGUUCCUGGUCAUGUCAUGGUGUGUGGAGCGGCGAGGGCCUGUGUUCACCACCGCCUUCAUGCCGCUAAUCCAGAUCGUCACCGCCGGGCUCGAUGUCAGCGUCCUCCAUGAGCAGCUCCACCUCGGGAGCGUUGUCGGGUCGGCGGUCGUGGUCAUGGGGCUCUACUUGGUCCUGUGGGGAAAGAGCAACGAGGCGAGCAUCGGAUCCAAACUCCCUGCGUGACUGCACCCAGACCUGCAGAGAUGCACGUAGCUUCGGUAGUGACUGCACCCAUGGUGUUUAAAAGCUGAAUCAUUUUUACUGGUGUUGGAGUAGUAGCUAUGUACGGACCACGCAAUCAUGACCGUGAAUCGUCAUGGGACGGCAUUAAUUAAACGAUGAGCAUUUCAUUUCAA